AUGGUGAUGGUAAUUCUGACAACCCUUUUGGUUAUCUUUGUGAGUCUGGUAUUGAAGGUAGGGUAUGAGACGAUUUCAUGUUACUGGGUCACUCCAAUGCGCAUAAGGAAGAUGAUGGAGAAACAAGGUGUGCAUGGUCCUAAACCUAGAUUUCUUCUUGGCAACAUCAUGGACAUGACUUCCCUUGUUUCAAGAGCAGUUUCUCAGGACAUGGAAACCAUCAGCCAUGAUAUUGUUGGUCGUAUUUUGCCCCAUUUUGUUGCGUGGUCCAAUCAAUAUGGAAAGAGAUUCAUAUAUUGGAAUGGAAUAGAACCAAGGUUGUGUUUAACAGACACUGCAUUGAUUAAGGAAUUUCUGUCAAAGUACAACUCCUUAUCUGGAAAAUCAUGGCAACAACAGCAAGGCUCCAAACAUUUCAUUGGGAAAGGUUUGUUGAUGGCAAAUGGUGAACAUUGGCACCACCAACGUCACAUGGUUGCCCCUGCAUUCAUGGGAGAGAGACUUAAGGGCUAUGCUGGGCACAUGGUGGAGUGCACAAAGGAUAUGAUUCAGUCACUGAAAAAUGCAUUAGAAGGUGGGGAAAGUGAGGUGGAGAUUGGAGAGUACUUAACUGAACUCACAGCAGAUAUUAUCUCAAGAACAGAGUUUGACACAAGCUACAAAAAGGGGAAGCAAAUAUUCCAUCUCCUCACACAACUUCAGACUCGUUGUGCUCAAGCAACUCGCCAUCUUUUCCUUCCUGGAAGCAGGUUUUUCCCCAGCAAGUACAAUAGAGAGAUAAAGAGUAUGAAGAGGGAGGUGGAGAGCCUCUUGAUGGAGAUCAUAGAGGGGAGGAAAGACUGUGUGGAGAUGGGGAGAAGCAAUUCUUAUGGGAAUGAUUUGUUGGGCAUACUCUUGGAUGAGAUGAAGAAAGAGGGUGGAAGCUUGAAUCUUCAACUGGUUAUGGAUGAAUGCAAAACCUUUUUCUUUGCAGGACAUGAAACCACUGCACUCUUACUCACUUGGACAGUGAUGUUGCUAGCAAGCAAUCCACAUUGGCAAGACAAAGUCAGAGCUGAAGUCAAAGAGGUCUUCCAAGGGGAAACUCCAUCUGUUCAUCAACUCUCCAAGCUCACUCUGUUAAACAUGGUGAUUAAAGAGUCCAUGAGGCUGUAUCCUCCUGCAACAGUGCUUCCAAGAAUGGUGUUCAAAGACAUGGUGUUGGGAGACCUCCACAUUCCCAAAGGCUUAUCAAUUUGGAUUCCAGUGUUGGCCAUUCACCACAGUGAAGAACUGUGGGGUGAAGAUGCAAAUGAGUUCAACCCUGAGAGGUUUGCCUCAAAAUCAUUCAUGCCAGGUCGUUUCAUACCCUUUGCUUCUGGUCCUAGAAACUGUGUUGGACAAUCAUUUGCCAUGAUGGAAGCCAAGAUCAUCCUGGCCAUGUUCAUCUCUCAGUUUAGCUUCACCAUUUCUGAGACCUACAGGCAUGCACCAGUGCUUGUCCUCACAAUCAAACCCAAAUAUGGUCUUCAAGUUUGUUUAAAGCCUUUAAAUCCAUGA